AUGGCAGAAGGCGGGCUACAUUUACGCAAGUGGAGUUCAAACAAACUAGAAGUUUUAGACGAUCCAACUAAAGAGUUAGGUAAAGGUCCACCAACGAUGCGUUUCGAACCGGAAAAGAUCAAAACACUUGGAGUUGCUUGGGAGAUGGAACCAGACCAGUUCGGAGUGGAGGUAUUGACACUGAAUAUUGAUGAGCAAUGGACGAAACGAAAAGUAUUUUCGGCAAUCGCACAGCUAUACGACCCUCUUGGUCUCGUCUCACCAGUAGUCGCCUGGGCGAAAAUAAGGAUGCAGCAUCUUUGGUUGAUUGCAGUUGACUGGGACGAUGUAGUUCCAGGAGAUAUUUGCGUCAAAUGGCAGGAAUUUUAUCAGCAGUUACCUUUGCUACGAUCGUUCAAGGUCCCCCGGUACUUGUUCACACCCGAUGCAACAGAUGUGCAGUUUCACAUUUUCAGUGACGCUUCAGAGUUAGCAUACGGUGCAUGUAUGUACGCUCGAUCUACCAGCAAGGAUGGAACAAUCAAAACUGAGCUCAUCUCGGCGAAAUCUCGGGUAGCGCCUCUCAAGCGCGUGUGCUUGCCACGUUUGGAGCUCUGUGCUGCACUUCUGGGAGCAAAACUCUAUGCUCGGAUAUCAGCAGCGCUGGGAAUGGAGGAAGUUCCUUGUUGGUUUUGGUCUGAUUCAACAGUAGCAUUACAUUGGAUACGAGCACCAUCAAGUUCAUGGCAAACAUUCAUCGGAAAUCGCACAUCCGAAAUUCAACGACUCACGCAUGGUCACACUUGGAAGCAUGUCAAAGGAGUAGAUAAUCCAGCCGACUACAUUUCUCGUGGUAUGCUGCCCAGAAAUUUCCUCGAGAACUCUGUGUGGCGUAUUGGUCCAGUUUGGUUACGUCAAGUAGAGGAAAAUUGGCCAAAGCAAUCGAUAAUGGAACCAAUAUCGGACGACUUGUUAGAGCGACGAAAGACUGUGCUGUUAACAAAUCAGGUUUCUCCAGACAUUUGGUUAAUCGAGCGAUACUCCUCAUUCUGGAAGCUGGUUCGAAUUACUGCGUUUGUUUUGCGCUUCAUCUCCCGAUGUCGUAAAAGAACCUUGCAUCAAAAUCCGUUCCUCGCAGUUUCGGAAUUGCAAUCUGCAAAAGAAACAUUAGUCAAAUCCGUUCAACAUCAAAACUUCUCUGAAGAAAUGAAGGCCGUGAGGAAGAAGGUAUCCAUACCGUCGAAGUCCCCGUUAAGGAAUCUACAGCUUUUCAUUGACCAGAAAGGCAUUCUUCGUCUUGGUGGCCGGCUCCAGCUGUCCGAAACAGAUUAUCAAACUAAUCACCCUAUGAUUCUCCCAAGAAAGCAUCCUCUGACUAGGUUAAUCGCACAACAUUUCCACACCAUCUCUCUUCAUGCUGGUCCACGAAUGACUUUGGCCACAAUGCGGCAGGAAUUCUGGCCUCUACGCGGCAAAGAACUGGCGAACUUAGUUUGUCGGAAAUGCCAUAACUGUUUUCGGCACCACCCUGUCCCUGUUACUCAACCGGUUGGUCAGCUACCAGAAGCACGAACAGCUCCCAGCAGACCAUUUGCAAUAACUGGUGUAGAUUAUUGCGGUCCGGUUUAUUUGAAACCGGCCCACCGCCGUGCAGCUGCGCACAAAGCCUACAUCGCCGUAUUUGUCUGCUUCUCGACCAAAGCUGUCCACUUGGAAUUGGUUUGCGAUCUUUCCACGGAAGCAUUUAUUGCUUCCUUACGACGCUUUAUUGCUCGCCGAGGCCUACCUGCAGAAAUACACUCCGAUAACGGGACCAACUUUCAAGGUGCCAGAAACACACUAGCAGAAUUGUACAAGCUUCUCAAUAAUUCCGAUCACCAGCAAAAAAUCCACGACGAAUGUACCAAGAGAAGCAUAAAGUGGUUGUUCAUCCCUCCAAGAGCACCUAACUUUGGAGGUUUAUGGGAAGCCGCAGUAAAAACAACUAAAACCACACUGUCUAAAGUUCUUGGAAAUGCCCGUUUAUCAUAUGAAGAUUACGCUACAGUCCUUACUCAAGUCGAAGCAAAUAUGAACACACGCCCGCUAACACCGUUGUCGGUGGAUCCAACUGAAUAUGACGUCCUCACUCCGGGUCAUUUUUUGACCGGAUCAUCGUUUGCAGCUCUUCCAGAUCCCGAUUACACGAAUAUUCCAGCGAAUCGAUUGAAGCAUUAUCAGCAGCUGCAGCAGCUUGUACAGCAACAUUGGAGUCGAUGGAGGAGGGAGUACUUGACGGAGUUAAAUUGCCUGCGGAACAAGUCUUCAGCACCGGUCAAUCUCUUCGUUGGGCAGUUAGUACUCGUGCGUGAAGAUAGCAAAUCCUCUACUGCUUGGCCGUUAGCGAGAAUCAUCUCCAUUCAUCCGGGGAAAGACAAAGUUGUUCGAGUCGUUACUGUGAGAACAGCAUCUGGGACGUAUACCCGACCAUCAUCUCGUAUAUAUCCUUUACCUUUCGACGAAAACCAGAUACAGUCGACAACACACGAAGAACAAGAGCCAGCAGCUGAAAUAGAACAUAAUUAG